AUGCCGUGCGUUUCAUGCAUGGGCAGGUUUGGUCUUUCCUGUAUCCGCCUAUCUUGUGUGUGUGUGCCCACCGUUUUCCAAAUUACAAUCACUCGCUUUUCCACAAUUUCCUUCAAAACCCAUUUACAAAAUUAUCACUUUGAUGGCAAAGAACAAUUUGCUACCUUGUGUUCAAAAGGGCACAUAAGAGAAGCGUUUGAAAGGUUUGUAUCAGAGAUAUGGGCAGAACCCCAUUUGUUCUCAAACCUCAUCCAAGCAUGCAUUCCGUUAAAGUCUGUUUCUUUGGGCAAACAGCUUCACUCUUUGAUAUUAACUUCUGGCUGUUCUUCAGACAAGUUCAUUUCCAACCACCUUCUCAACCUCUACUCAAAAUUUGGGGAACCUAGAGCCGCUGUUGCUUUGUUUGAUCGAAUGCCGAGGAGGAACAUCAUGUCAUGUAACAUCAUGAUAAAGUCCUAUCUUGAAACGGGCAACUUCGAGAGUGCCAAGAAUCUGUUUGAUGAAAUGCCUGAGAGAAAUGUUGCCACGUGGAAUGCGAUGGUCACGGGUUUGAUCAAGUUUGAAAUGAACCAAGAGUCUUUACUCUUGUUUUCGAGAAUGAAUGAGUUGGGGUUCAUGCCAGACGAGUACUCGUUAGGUAGCGUGCUCAGGGGAUGUGCGCAUUUAGGAGCUUUGUUUGCAGGCCAACAGGUUCAUGCCUACGUCAUGAAAUGUGGGUUUGAGUUUAAUAUGGUUGUUGGAUGCUCUUUAGCUCAUAUGUAUAUGAAAGCUGGAAGCAUGCACGAUGGGGAGAGAGUUAUCAAUUGGAUGCCAGAUUGUAAUUUGGUUGCUUGGAAUACACUUAUGGCUGGAAAAGCUCAAAAACGGUGCUUUGAGGGAGUACUGGAUCAAUACUGUAUGAUGAAAUUGGCAGGUUUUAAACCAGACAAGAUUACUUUUGUCAGUGUGAUCAGCUCAUGUUCGGAGUUAGCAAUCCUUGGUCAAGGGAAGCAAAUUCAUGCCGAAGCAAUCAAAGCAGGAGCUAGUUGUGAACUUUCUGUAGUUAGUUCAUUGGUUAGUAUGUACUCUAGAUGUGGAUGUUUGCAAGAUUCUUUUAAAUCUUUUUUGGAAUGCAAAGAGCGAGAUGUUGUGUUAUGGAGUUCAAUGAUUACUGCUUAUGGGUUUCAUGGUCAAGGAGAAGAAGCCAUCAAGCUUUUCAAUCAGAUGGAACAAGAAAAUCUGCGGGCAAAUGAGGUCACAUUCUUGAGCUUGCUAUAUGUUUGUAGUCAUUGUGGAUUGAAGGAUAAAGGACUUGAUUUCUUUUAUAUGAUGGUGAAAAAGUAUGGACUCAAGGCUAGACUAGAACAUUAUACUUGUGUGGUUGACCUUCUAGGCAGGACUGGUUGUUUGGAGGAGGCAGAGGCUAUGAUACGAUCCUUGCCAGUAAAAGCAGAUGCAAUUAUAUGGAAGACAUUAUUAUCUGCAUGUAAACUCCACAAGAAUGCUGAAAUUGCAAGGAGAGUUGCUGCAGAAGUUCUUAGAAUUGAUCCUCAAGAUUCGGCUUCAUAUGUUCUACUUGCCAAUAUUUAUUCUUCAGCUAAUAGAUGGCAAAAUGUUUCUGAGGUAAGGCGAGCCAUGAAAGAUAAUAUGGUGAAGAAAGAACCAGCCGUAAGUUGGGUUGAAGUGAAGAAUCAGGUUCACCAGUUUCAUAUGGGUGGUGAAUGCCACCCGAAACAUGUGGAGAUUAAUAAGUAUCUGGAAGAAUUAACUUCAGAAAUGAAGAAGCGGGGCUAUGUACCUGAUACUAACUCUGUUUUGCAUGACAUGGACAAUGAGGAAAAAGAACACAACUUGAGGCACCAUAGUGAGAAAUUGGCAAUUGCUUUUGCUUUAAUGACCACCCCAGAGGGAGUGCCAAUAAGGGUGAUGAAAAACCUGCGGGUUUGCAGUGAUUGUCAUGUUGCCAUCAAGUACAUAUCAGAGAUAAAAAAUUUAGAAAUUAUUGUUCGAGAUUCAAGCAGGUUUCACCAUUUUAAAAAUGGCACAUGCUCUUGUGGAGAUUAUUGGUAA